CAUAACUGAAUGACGGCAGGUCGCUAUGGAAACUGCGUUACGCUCCGGGCGGCCGGAGGAGAGAAAACAAGAGCGCGAGGACUGAUUCCAGUCUUCAUUUCAGCACCACGCGCCUCCUGGACAGCGCCCGAAUGAACCCGCUCACAGAUUCCAGCCUCGUUUGCCUUAUAAGGGACAGAGCCGCAUCAGCUGCACCGAGUCUGAGCACAGUGGGUAGGGACUGGGAGAGGAAAACAAACCCACGGACAAGAGACGCCGCCGACACGCCGAACACCCAAAGCUCCAUUCCGCAGUCCAAUCCGGGGGCAGCCGCUCCUUCAGAAGCCGCAGCAACAGGGCAGCAGAAUGUCUGAAACCAAAUCCAGUCAGCGAUUCCACAGCCUGAAUGCUGAACAGGUGGAGGUUCUCCAUCAGGUUCUAUCAGACGUGGUUCCAAUCCACGGCCGGGGAAACUUUCCCACACUGGAGUUGCGACCUAGAGACAUCAUCAUAGCUGUAAGAGCCCGGCUGCAGAAACAGGGCAUCACAGUAAGAGAUGUUCGUCUGAAUGGCUCGACAGCCAGCCACGUCCUAGUGCGAGACAACGGAACAAGCUACAAAGACCUGGAUAUCAUCUUUGGAGUGGAGUUACCCAGUCAGGAAGAAUUCCAGGUGAUAAAGGAGUCUGUGCUGGGCUGCCUGCUGGACUGCCUACCAGCUGGGGUCAACAGAGAGAGGAUCAGUGGCGCCACGAUGAAGGAAGCCUAUGUCCAGAAGAUGGUCAAAGUCUUCAAUGAGCACGAUCGCUGGAGCCUCAUCUCACUCUCGAAUAACAGCGGGAAAAACCUGGAACUCAAAUUUGUAAGUGCGCUUAGGAGGCAAUUUGAGUUCAGUGUCGACUCGUUCCAGAUCAUUCUGGACCGUCUCCUGGAGUCCUACAUGCAACAGGAGUCACAGCACAAAAAUAACAAUGUUGAUCUGAAGAACCAUUCUGCAGAUAAUCAGAAUAAGCACCCUCCCUCAUUACCUAAACAGACCACUGCUACAGAAACAGAGAAGUCCACCAGUAGAGACCUGGGGGUUCAGAUCAGCCCAACGGCACAGACAGAUAAGGUGCAUGAGAAGGAAUCUCAGACAGAACUCUCACUGCAAAUUGGACAUUCAGACCAGGCAAAAAACUCAGAAGAAGAAAACAACUAUGAGAAAACACCUGCAGAGCUGAAAGAAACUAUAGAACACUUCAGUGAAAUGGACAUCUCUGGCGAGGAAUCUCUAAACUUACUUUCUGAAAAUAAACAAACCUCUGAGGAAGCAGAACCACCAACUCAGAUCGAAUUCAGACAUGAGCCAGAACUCUUGGACAAGACCAAAUGCCUGAAAAUGGCAGAACACUCAGUGCAAACCUGGCCAUGUGAUGGUAGGCAACCAGCACAGUCAAAUCAGGAACUCUCUGUUCUGAAAGAACCAUCUAACCACUCGAAACCCCCUGAUGAACAGAAAGAACUCACAGAGCAGAUGGGACCAUUUGAGCCGCCAGAAACCUCAAACAAAACCCAGACCAACCUGGCAGAAGAGUCACACAGUAAAGGACACUCUGUUAAAACAGACUCCUCAAAGUAUGUCGGUGAGGAAAUGGAAAGCAGUGAGAGAGAUAAAAUGCCACAAGUGUCUGCAGCAGACACUAACACAGCCCACCAUGCAACAGCAGACACACACACACCGAUAGCAGAUGAAAGAAAAAUAGAAACCAAGACAGGGGAGCAGCUACGAGCAGAGAAGGAAAAUGACACAGACAUAAAUCAAAUGACAGAAGACAGUUUAACAUCAGAAACAAAACAUAAAAAUGACACACAGAGCUUAGAUUGUUCCUGCUCCACCUCGUCGACAUGUCUUACACUUCAAGUACACAACACGCAGCCUGCCGGCUUACAGGAAGCACUGGAGAGUCCCAGCACACUACACAGAGAUGAAACACAGAGCACACCUGAUGCCAUCGAUACUCCAGAUACUCAGGAUAUUUUACCUGCACCACCCAGCCUUCUUUCUGACAAAAAAACCUCCUCUUCACCCUCUUCUAAAGCCUCAGAGAGACUGUCUCAUAUGGUGGUGCUCAAACACUCCUCUCCAAAACCCCCACGGAGGAUGUGUAGGAAAGUGACCCCCAGUUCUUCCCCGAGUUCAGUCUCUGAAAGUGAACCUGUCGCUGCUCCCUGUUCAGAUCCGAUCCCUUGCCCAAGCCCUGAACCUGAUAUAGCCUUUAAUCCAAGUGUCCACACAAACCCCAUUACAUCUCCCACUUCAGACUCUAUAUUGACCCCAACCACCGUUAUUACGACAGAAACUCACCCUGAGCUUGAUCCCAACACUUCCAGCAGCCUAGUUUCAAACUCAGACCUUACCUCAGCCCCUUUAAUCUCCAGUUGCGAUGUGGAUCCUGUGUCUGAGUUAACGCCAGAGCCAUCAUCAUCUCAUUGCGCUGCAGAGGGUUCAUGUGAAGCAGAUGUUCAGGUAUUGGAAAAUUCACUAGCUACUCAUGUGGCUUUUGAUGAAGUCAGUCAGUCCGCCCAUGGAGAAACUGUCUCCGCACCAGAACAAUCAGAACCUGUUGACUCAGUGGACAUAUUAGUUUCUGAAAGGUCCAACACAAACACCCAUGAAUCUGGACAUACCUCAGAAGUUGAGCUGAGUGAUGAGGAUGAGAACAGGAAAGUACAGACCAAAAUGUUGGACCUGGAUCAGCCAAACAGCAGCACUCAAAAGACCACUCUCAGUUCACCUCCCUCCUCCCAAUGUGUCACCCCUCCUGUUUCCUGCCUCACCCCUCCUGUCCUCAGUUUCUCCCCUCCCUGCUUCACCCCGUCACCCCCCAGCCUUAGCCCUCCCCCGUGCCUCACCCCCCCAUCUCACUGCCUCUCAUCUCCGAUGCUGAGCACCGUCAGCCCCACCCCCAGCUUCAGCUCCCCACCUCUGAGUUUCAGCCCUACCUCGUCCUGCCUCAGCUCACCUCCUUACCUCACGCCUCCUAUGCUUAGCCUCAGCCCUCCUCCACUUUGUCUCAGCCCACCCUCCCCUUGCCUCAGCCCUCCCCUCCUCUGUCUCACUCCACCAGUAGAGUCAGAGGACCUUGUACCUCAGGUAUCUGCAGACAUGGAGUCUUUGAUUCUGAACACAGACAGCGAGGAACAGAUUACAGAGUCCUCUCCUCAGCCAGGAGUUCCUGUUUUACAGGUGGAGGAUAAAAAGGACCAAGAUUUUAUCUCAUCAUUGCCUCAGGUUGCUGAGCCCGUCUCUUUUCCAAUCACAAUUCCGAACUCCGCCUCACAUGUGCUGUCUCACUCUCAGUCUGGAGACCCGGGGGAAUCAACUUCUCCAAAGGCUGAUGAGGCAUCCGGCUCCGUGCAGGAGAACAAGGAGUCCCCUGAGGUAAUCGCAGACAUGCCUGAACAGAGCAACACUCCUCGGGCAUCUGACUCAGUCCCUGCUGUUGAGGUCCUGGCAGAGAGCAUGUAUGGGGACUUUGAGGCGGCAAUGGACCACCUCCGCUAUCGUUUGAUCGCCACCAGGAAUCCUGAGGAAAUCCGAGGUGGCGGCCUAUUGAAAUACAGCAACCUGUUGGUCAGGGACUAUCGACCAGCCAGUGAGACUCAAAUAAAAACACUGGAGCGCUACAUGUGCUCACGUUUUUUCAUAGAUUUCCCUGAUGUGCAGGAACAGCAGAGGAAGAUCCUGUCCUACUUGAAGAACCACUUCAUCGGCGAGGAGAGAAGCAAGUACCAGUAUCUGAUGACGCUGCGUCGUGUGGUGGACGACAGCACAGUGUGUCUGAUGGGACAUGAGAGGCGUCAGACACUGAACAUGAUCACAGUGCUGGCCCUGAAGGUUCUAGGAGAGCAGAACAUUAUCCCCAACACAGACCACGUCACCUGCUUCUACCAACCUGCCCCGUACAUCGCUGAGCACAGUGCACCCUACCUAACAGAACCUAGCUACUGCAGCUACUACAUACCCCAAGGGGGAUCGACUCUGCUUUACCAACCUUACCCUUUACACCUGCACACACAGACCGGACUAGUCUAACACACGUGCAGAUUCACAUGUAAUUACACACACACAAAAGAAAUACAGUCGAGCAAGGGGAGGUGCUCGCCAUGAAGUAAGAGCUGGAGAACAGAAACAUAAUCCAGGGAUAAACUGUUUGGUCUAUAAUAGACCUAUGGGGGCGGGAUUGAGUGGGUUUUUACAGUAAACUCGCUGAGAACUCUGUAAGGUUCUAAUAUGAUUAUAUAUAAUUAUCUGGGCUUUGUGGGAAAAUAAUAAUUCUUCCGAUAUUGUGAAAAAUUCCAGAAAAUGCCGUAUGCACUGCAUGAGUCAUAGCUCUUUGGUCUCCCUGGGAAACCAACGGAGCUGUUGACAUUCACACACACACACACACACACACACACGCACUCACACACACACACACACACAUACACACACACACACACACACACACACAUUCUGUAUGUACAUAGACACACACAUUUCACCCACUUCCAGGUCCUUGAAUUCUUGUAAACUUUUUCAUGUUCUUACUGUGUUGUUCUUAAUGGGUUUGUUCAGAAUGUGGACUUUGCCUGUGGUUGAUAUUGUGCAUGGAUAAAUUAGGACUGUUCUCUCACUGCCAAAUACUGUGUGACUACUAUGCUUCUUAAACAGUUUCAAUGUAUCUUUGUUAUUUCUUUACUGAGGGGUCUAUUUUAAAAAAAAGAAAAUAAAAAUAAUUGAGGGAUUAGUCUACCAGUGUGUACAGUAUACUUGCAUCAGAAUACACACACAUGCACAUACAGCCAAACACACAAACAGGAUACUGUAU